AUGGAGAAAGAGUUGAAGAUCAUGCAUGCUACCCUUCAGAAUGUGGUGGAGGUGCCACGAGACGAGCUUGAGGAGGGCAUCAAAAUUUGGGCAGGGAAGGUCAGCGAGUUGUCGUACAAGAUGGAAUACAUCGUCGACAUGUUCCUGGUGUGUGUCAAUGAUGAGAGCUCUGAUCCCGUAUCCAACUCCAACAAGCUCAAAUGGCUUGGCGAUAAUAUGUUCGGUUUGUUCACCAAGUGGAAGGCUUGUCAUCAGAUUGCCAACACGAUAAAGGACAUCAAGAACCAAGUCAAUUAUGUCGCCAAACAACAUAACAGGUACAAGGUAGAUCAUGUUGUAUGUGCUAAUGUAGCUAUUGCAACAACAACAACUCCCGAUCCUAGUCUACUGGCUCUAUACAACAAGGUAUCUGAUCUUGUUGGCAUGAAUGAGCCAAGGGACGAGUUAAUCAAGAGGUUGACUGAUGCCAACGAUCAAAUGGAGAUAGUCUCUAUUGCUGGAUUUGGAGGCUUGGGUAAGACAACUCUGGCUAAAGAUGUAUACGACAACCUCAAGCCACGGUACCUUAUUGUUAUUGAUGACAUAUGGAAUCUACAAUCAUGGAGUGAAAUCAAACUUGCUUUGAUUCAGAAUAGUUGUGCUAUGAUGAUGUUUGCUAGGACUACGUCGGUAUUUCCCCCAAGAGGAGAGGAUGAUGUAGCACAACAACGGUAG